GUUUAACGUCAUACGUCAGCUGUACGUCACGAUGAACCAGGAAGCGUUAGACAGUACGUGGCCUUUUCAGCUUGGACCAUCUAAACAGGAGCUCCACUUCAUUACAAAAUGGAACUCGAAGCUAUGACCAGAUACACCAGCCCGGUGAACCCGGCGGUGUUCCCUCACCUCACAGUCGUCCUGCUGGCCAUCGGCAUGUUCUUCACUGCCUGGUUCUUCGUCUACGAGGUGACAUCAACAAAAUAUACCCGGGAUGUCUACAAAGAGUUACUGAUCUCCCUUGUGGCAUCACUUUUCAUGGGCUUCGGUGUGCUGUUCUUACUACUUUGGGUUGGGAUCUACGUAUGAAGUUCGUGGUGACUGAUUUGAAGAGUAACACAUUCCAGAGGAGCAACACCAAACCCGACACAGACUGGAUUUAAUUGGACUGCACUGACAAUAAUAUGCGAUUAUGUGGACUUUGGUUUUCUCGUCACAAGUAAAGGGGAUUUGUAAAA